AUGAGCAGCCAGCGCGUUCCAAUCGCAUCCCAGCGCAUCGAUGCGCCGCUGACCUCAUCCGCAACCUUCCUUGUCGUAACAGCGACCAGCAAACCGGACUCUAUCACGACCAUCCGAUCCGUCCUCGCUGGGCUGGACGGUCUCGCCAAGAAUGUCUCCAUCCGCGACCUGAACGCUCACUUCACCUGCACUGUGGGCAUUGGCAGCGAUAUCUGGGACCGCCUGACGGGUCUCCCCAGGCCCGCGGAGCUUCAUCCUUUCAAAGAGAUCAAGGGCGAGAAGCAUACGGCGGUCUCGACGCCUGGCGAUCUGCUUUUCCACAUUCGUUCGGAACGACGGGAUAUCUGCUUCGAGUUCGAGAGACAAUUGAUGGAUCAACUUGGAGAUUCGGUUUCUCUUGUCGACGAGACAGUUGGCUUCCGGUACUUUGACGUCCGCGAUCUCCUCGGCUUCGUUGACGGUACGGCGAACCCAGUCGGGCGCGCGGUGCCUUCUUCCGUCCUCGUUGCAGAAGAAGAUUCAUCUGCCCAGGGAGGCAGUUACAUUGUGAUCCAGAAGUAUACGCACGAUCUCGCCUCUUGGAAGUCCCUCCCGAUCGAGCAACAGGAGAAAGUCAUUGGGCGAACCAAGCUCGAUAAUGUGGAACUGGACGAUGCCGAGUCAGGGCAGCGAUCCCACAAGACCCUGAGCACGAUCGAGGAUGAGAAUGGUAAUGAGCAUGAUAUCCUGCGGGAUAAUAUGCCAUUUGGAUCGCCCGGCUCGGGGCAAUUUGGCACCUACUUUAUUGGAUAUACACGCCGGCUUUGGGUCAUUGAGAAGAUGUUGGAGCGCAUGUUUGUUGGGUAUCCACCUGGAUUGCACGAUCGAAUUCUGGAUUUCUCGACCCCAUUGACUGGAACGACUUUCUUUGCUCCGUCCGCAAGUCUACUGGCGAGUCUUGAUUCAGACUGA